GGACAGUCGCAAUUAGCCGGCUCCACCUUGGGUUCCCUGGGAACCUGCUCCUGGAUACUUUGGAGCACUUGCCUUUCUGGUGGAGAAAGUUUCUAUGACUUUACAGCUAGCUCCGCAGGAAGAAAGACCCGCGGAGGUGAGCUCCUGCUGGCUGUGACAGCUGAAGGCUGCUGGGGACACAGGACUAAGGGAAGCUCCUGUUACCACCCGUGGCCAAGACAGCUCUAAAGAAAGAUCUGCUCAGUUAAGACCUGACUCUGUUUCUCUAUAUCUGGGAUUUGUCCAACAUGAGGAGUGCUCUGCAGGCUGUGGCCCUCUGGGGAAGAAAAGCUCCUCCACACAGCAUCACGGCUAUCAUGAUCACGGAUGACCAGCAAACAAUAGUGACUGGCAGUCAGGAGGGCCAGCUCUGCCUCUGGAGUCUCUCACCUGAACUGAAGAUUUCAGCUAAAGAACUUCUUUUUGGGCAUUCCGCUUCAGUGACAUGUUUGGCAAAAGCAAGAGACUUCUCCAAACAGCCCUACGUUGUGAGUGCUGCUGAGAACGGGGAGAUGUGCUUGUGGAAUGUGAGCAGUGGUCAGUGUGUGGAGAAGGCCACCCUUCCUUACAGGCACACUGCAAUUUGUUACUACCACUGCUCCUUCCGGAUGACGGGCGAAGGCUGGCUGCUGUGCUGCGGGGAAUACCGAGAUGUCCUCAUCCUUGAUGCUGGAACUCUGGCCUUUCUGCACACCUUUUCCUCUUCGCAGUCCCCUGACUGGAUGAAAUGCAUGUGCAUUGUUCACUCUGUGAGAAUUCAAGAGGAUUCUCUCUUGGUCGUAUCUGUAACAGGCGAGCUCAAAGUAUGGGACCUCUCCUCGUCCAUCAACAGCGUCCAGGAAAAGCAAGAUGUCUAUGAAAAAGAAUCGAAGUUUCUUGACUCCAUGAACUGUCAGACAAUACGAUUUUGUACAUACACAGAGAGACUCCUGCUGGUGGUAUUUUCUAAAUGUUGGAAGGUUUAUGACUAUUGUGAUUUUUCCCUUCUGUGGACGGAAGUUAGUAGAGACGGGCAGUUCUUUGCUGGUGGAGAGGUACUUGCUGCUCACAGGGUCCUUGUUUGGACAGAAGAUGGUCACAGUUAUAUCUAUCAGCUGCUGAACAGUGGGCUUUCCAAAUGCAUAUGCCCCGUCGAUGGAGGAGUCCUCAAGGAGACAAUCUACCCCCACUUACUGUGCUCCACUUCUGUGGAGGAAAAUCAGAGCCUGCAUUUUGUCAUGGGCUACAUGAAUGAACGGAAGGAGCCUUUUUAUAAGGUACUUUUCUCUGGAGAAGUCUCAGGAAGAAUUACAUUGUGGCAUAUUCCAGAUGUCCCCAUAUCUAAGUUUGAUGGUUCUCCUAGAGAAAUACCAGUAACCACCACCUGGACUCUCCAGGAUAAUUUUGAUAAGCAUCAAACAGUGUCACAGAGCAUCACAGACCAUUUCUCUGGGCCCAGAGAUGAGAUGGGAAUGACAGCGGCCAUCACCUCAUCAGAGUACAUUCCAAAUCUUGAUAAACUCAUCUGUGGCUGCGAAGACGGGACCAUUUUCAUCACUGAGGCUCUGAAUGCUGCCAAAGCAGGACUCCUAGAAGGGGACUCUUUAUUGAAAGAUCCCCCCUGUCAUGUGCUUCUCAGAGGCCAUCACCAGAGUGUGACGUCAUUACUUUACCCUCACGGUCUUGCUUCAAAAUUAGACGAAAGUUGGAUGGUGUCUGGGGAUCAAGGUUCCUGUGUGAUCCUGUGGGAUAUUUUUAAGGAAGAAAUUCUGCACACAUUCUUUUUGGAAUCUGGUCCAGUAACAAGACUUUUGAUGUCACCAGAGAACUUGAAAAUAAAUGACGGUCAAAUACUCUGCUGUGUGUGUGGUGACCACUCUGUGGCUCUCCUUCACCUGGAAGGGAGACAGUGCCUCCUGCGCGCCCGGAAGCACCUUUUCCCUGUGAGGACCAUCAGGUGGCACCCAGUGGAGAACUUUCUCAUUGUGGGUUGUGCAGAUGACUCUGUCUACAUCUGGGAAAUUGAAACAGGCACUUUGGAAAGGCAUGAGACAGGAGAAAGGGCAAGGAUUAUUCUUAACUGUGGUGACAAUGUGCAGCUUGUCAGAUCUGAGCCUACACUGUCAGUGGCCUCAGAGACACACAAGCACAAAAAUGUAGAGCAGAGGUCCUCCAGUGGCCACCAGCCCGGGCUGGUGCCCUGCCCUGGUCUGCAACUGGAGUCUUCAUGUAAGGUUUCUGAUGCCACAUCAAUCCCAAGACCUUUUAAUGUCUUGCCUGUGAAAACAAAAUGGAGUUACAUUGGCUUCCAUGUUCUCCUGUUUGAUUUGGAAAAUCUCGUGGAACUACUGCUACCUACUCCCAUCAAUGAUGUUGACCAUUCUGGAUCAUUCUAUGGAAGUGACAUCUUGAGGAGAGCCAAGAGCACAGUAGAGAAGAAGACAUUGACAAUGAGAAGAAAUAAAGCCUCGUGUAGCUCUCUCCAUGCUGAGGCACAAGCCAAGACCAGUGGGGACAGCCUGCCCUCUGGGGAUAAUAACUGUAAAUUUCCAGAGGAGAGUGAUGGCAUUAAAAGACAGAAGAAAAUGAAGAGCUCCAAAAAGACACACCCUAAGCCAUCCAGAAAGGUUGAUGCCAGCCUCACAAUAGACAUGGCAAAAUUGUUUCUGUCUUGUGUUUUGCCAUGGGGAGUAGACAAAGAGUUAGACAGCCUCUGUACCAGGCAUCUCAGCAUCUUAAAGCUGCAGAGUCCUGUGUCUUUGGGACUUGCUUCAAAUGAAAACCUCUUCUCCCUGAUGCUACCUGGUUGGGAUGUAUGCAGUACUGAAAUGAAGGAGCACUCAGGAGUAAAUCUGUUCUCCAGAAAAGUUUUAGAAUUGUCAAACAAAUACACAGCCACUCUUCCGAACCAGACUGGAAUUCCCAGAAGUCCAGACAAUCACUGCAAUACCUUGCAGCAAUCAGAUACUAUAGUAUAUUUACUGAGCAGACUCUUUUUAGUUAAUAAGUUAGUUAACAUGCCUUUGGAUUUGGCCUGUAAAACGGACAGCAGAUCCUUCAAAGUGGAGUCUGUACACAACAAGGGGAAAUUCCCUGGAAGUGAUAUUUUGAAUAUAUCAAGCUUCUAUGAUCACCUAAAAAAUGGUAGGAAUGAAUAUCACACACCUGAGGUUGACAUCUCUCUUUUGAAGCUAAUCUCCUGCUGGAGAGACCAGGCUGUACAGGUAACUGAAGCAAUACAAGCUGUCCUCUUGGCUGAAGUUCAACAGCACAUGAAGCGUCUGAGAAACACACCCAUCAGUAGUCAAACAGACCCAGUGGCAGAGCACACCAUCUGUGAGAGGAUGUGGAUCUCGUCGAAGGUGGGGUGGACUGAAGAAAUAGAGCUACCGUAUGUGGGAAACUCCUCCCCUAUUGAAACUUCAGUCGGUCCGGUCAAGCAUGGCAACGACUUGAACUCGGCAAACUUCCAAGAUACUGAGGACAUUCUUGACAGAUGUGUCUUGGAAGAGUCGGAGAGUGCAGGUCAGCCUAGGCAUCGUCCAUGGAUAGCGAAGGUCUGCUCCUGCAGGAUGUGCUAGAUGGAAUUUCAAAAAGGGAAUCGAAUAUGAACUAACAGAAGCACAGAGACACCAAAUAAAAGCAAUGUUGUCAUUGGUCUCUAGUGGAUUUGCUAAUAUAUUAGCCAGAGUGUAUUAAAAAUGUAUCACUGAUUGAGGAUAUCCAAAUUCUAAUUCUAGGAAAUAACUGUCUAAGUGAGUCUCCUUACUCCCCCUUAUUUUCUGUCAUUAAUUGUAACAAAGAAUACCAGCCCACAGAUAUAUAUUGAACAUUGCUUCAGAUGUUCACCUUCCCGGUGCCUGAAUUACAGAAGCCAAAGGAAUGCACAAGACUCUCAAUUCACUGUUGCUUCAAGGAUUUAAACCCAAACUUUGCCGUGUUGGGCUUGGACAUAAUGUUUUAGUGGGUGCCUCAGUUCCCACCAACCUUUACACAUGUCAUCCUUAAACACGAAAUGUCCUUUAGCCAAUCUGUGACAUACAAGAGUGUCUAGUUUUGCGAGGUCCAAUCAGUACGGAGCUCUAAUGACACCGUAGCAAAUGUCUUUAAUUAAAGGUUGAUGUAACCUGAACUGGGGGAGGGGAUUCUACUUACUACAUACCACAGUUUGUUCUUUGUUAGUGUAAACAGCCAAGGUUCUUUUCUCAGAAAGAAGCUGUGCUUGCAGGAAUUCUAAAACUAAAAACUGCCGAGCGAUAUCAACAGAAAUGGGCAUAAAGUGCUUAUCUGUUCAGCCAACCUGAAUUAUGUGCUAUGACUUUUAUUGAAUGAUUCAUUAAUUUGUAGAAAAUCAUCAAAGUUUAUUAACAUAUAUCUAAAUGAAUAGAAAUAUGACUUAAUCCAUAGA